AUGGCAGUGUCGUCACAGAAUCUCGACUUGUACGAGCCGUUCUGUGCCGAAGACACCGAUGCCGCAUCGCUCUGCAAUAGGCCGUAUUCAUUCGAGAAGAUCAUCACCUUAAAAAACUGUCAUGUAGCACACUUCAAGAAUGCCGAAAUCACACUGUUGAUAGGCUGUUUGACUGCCUGUAUGAGCUCACCAAAAAAGUGUGGAGCUGUUAAUUAUGACGUCAACUCAACAAACUGUUAUUUGAUGUCCACCAAUAAGACUGAUAAGGAAGCAACUAUUGGUAAGUUAUCUGAUUAA